UCUCCAGUGGAGCGCCCAGAGGAAUCAGCCCUGCCGGUUUCGGAUUUCUACCCUCUAGAACUAGAUGGCAAAUCCUGAGAUGGUUGUAAAUAGUUGCAGCUCUCAUGAAGAGGAAAAUCGCUGCACUUUCAACCAGCAUACAUCUCCAUCUGAGGAGCUUCUAUUAGAAGAUCAGAUGAGGCGAAAACUCAAAUUUUUUUUUAUGAAUCCCUGUGAGAAGUUCUGGGCUCGAGGUAGAAAACCAUGGAAACUUGCCAUACAAAUUCUAAAAAUUGCAAUGGUGACUAUCCAGCUGGUCUUUUUUGGGCUAAGUAACCAGAUGGUGGUAGCUUUCAAGGAAGAGAACACUAUAGCAUUCAAACACCUCUUCCUAAAAGGAUACAUGGACCGAAUGGAUGACACGUAUGCAGUGUACACACAGAAAGAUGUGUACGACCAGGUCACCUUCGCAGUGAACCAGUACUUGCAGCUGCGCAACGUCUCAGUGGGGAAUCAUGCUUACGAGAACAAGGGCACGGAGCAGUCUGCUAUGGCAGUCUGUCAGCACUUCUACAAGCGAGGAAACAUCUGUCCUGGAAAUGAUACCUUUGACAUUGAUCCAGAAAUUGAAACUGAAUGUUUCUUUGUAGAGCCAGAUGAACCUUUUCACAUUGGAACACCAGAAGAAAAUAAACUCAACUUAACGCUGGACUUCCACAGACUCGUAACAGUGGAGCUUCAGUUUAAACUGAAAGCCAUUAAUCUGCAGACAGUUCGUCACCAAGAGCUCCCUGACUGUUAUGAUUUUACCCUGACUAUAACAUUUGACAACAAGGCCCACAGUGGAAGAAUUAAAAUAAGUUUAGAUAAUGACAUUUCCAUCAGAGAAUGUAAAGACUGGCAUGUAUCUGGAUCAAUUCAGAAGAACACUCAUUACAUGAUGAUCUUUGAUGCCUUUGUCAUUCUGACUUGCUUAGCUUCGUUAAUCCUCUGCGUUAGAUCUGUGAUUAGAGGACUUCAUCUUCAGCAGGAAUUUGUCAAUUUUUUCCUCCUCCAUUAUAAGAAGGAAGUUUCUGUUUCUGAUCAAAUGGAAUUUGUCAAUGGAUGGUACAUUAUGAUUAUUAUUAGUGACAUAUUGACAAUCAUUGGAUCAAUUCUAAAAAUGGAAAUCCAAGCAAAGAGUCUAACAAGUUACGAUGUCUGUAGCAUACUUCUUGGGACUUCUACUAUGCUUGUGUGGCUUGGAGUCAUCCGGUAUCUCGGAUUCUUUGAGAAGUACAAUCUCCUCAUUUUGACCCUUCAGGCAGCACUGCCCAAUGUCAUCAGGUUCUGUUGCUGUGCAGCUAUGAUUUACUUGGGCUAUUGCUUCUGUGGAUGGAUUGUGCUGGGGCCCUACCACGACAAGUUUCGUUCUCUGAACAUGGUCUCUGAAUGCCUUUUCUCUCUAAUAAAUGGAGAUGAUAUGUUUGCCACAUUUGCAAAAAUGCAGCAGAAAAGUUACUUGGUCUGGCUGUUUAGCAGAAUUUACCUCUACUCAUUCAUCAGCCUCUUUAUAUAUAUGAUUUUAAGUCUUUUCAUUGCACUGAUCACUGAUACAUAUGAAACAAUUAAGCAUUACCAACAAGAUGGCUUCCCAGAGACUGAACUUCGUACAUUUAUAUCAGAGUGUAAAGAUCUGCCUAACUCUGGAAAAUACAGAUUAGAAGAUGACCCUCCAGCAUCUUUAUUCUGCUGUUGUAAAAAGUAACUAUCAGGUAUAUCUGUGCUUUAGAGGAAAAUAUAACGUAUAACUGAGUUGGAAAACUACAUAAAUAUUUUGAGAUCAGGUGUGGUAUGCUUGAAGACUAUUGUUUUGAGUGAAUUGAUAGCUAAAAUUCACUGAGAACUAUAUUUAUAUUUUUAAAAGCAAUAUUUAAUGUCUUUGCAGCUUUAUGCUGGGCUUGUUUUAAAAAAACUAACUGAUGAAGGAAGCUGUUGGAUUAUUAUUCUUUCUUGUAUUUUGCCAUAGCUUUAGAAUCUGUUCUCUAUGCCUCUCUUUAGCUCUUACACUCUUGUUUCCAGCUAUUCUUUGUGGAUUGUGUCAUCAGUGGAAAACAAUCCCUGGUCUGACAGUGACUUCAGGUAACUCAGUGACCCUGGCCUGGACUGCUCUCUGUGGUCCAUCUCUGGGAGAGUGGGGAUAUUUACUGUAUUGCCAGGAAUCAUUGUAAAGUUUUCUUUUAAAAGGCAGAGUAAGAAACAACCAUCACCAGCUAACAGUGCAAUAUAGUUAUGCACUGCUUAAUGAGAGAGGUAUGUUCUGAGAAAUGUGUUGUUAGGUUAUUUCAUAGUUGUGUGAACAUCAUAGAGUAUAGUUAACACAAACCUAGAUGCUAUAGCCUACUGCACACCUAGACUAAUAUGGGAUAGCCUAUUGUUCCUAGGCUGCAAACCUGUACAGCAUGAUACUGUAAUGAAUACUGUAGGCUGUUGUAACACAGUAGUAUUUGUGUAUCUAAACAUGGAAAAGGUACAGUAAAAAUAUGGUAUUAGAAUCUUAUUGUACUGCUGUGGUAUAUGUGGUCCAUCAUUGACUGAAAUGUCCCUCUGUGGCACAUGACUGUAUUUGGCUUCGAAGGACAACUGUUAUUUGAUUCUGCUUUUUGUUCUGAAGAGGAUUCGGUUUUUAAAUAUUCAUUUACAAGUUUUCUCUCCUCCUUCAGUAUUAAAGUACAAAGUUGAAAGAAUAUCUUAUACAUGUAUGAAAAUUAAAGCAUAUACCAAAAGCAUAUUUGAUCCAACAAUGAUUAUUUUAUUAGUACUUGAACAGCAUGUGAAAUUUAUAAAGCACUGUGCCUUUCAUAGGCACAUUCAGUCUCACAGCAAAGUGUUCUGGGGCAAGGAGCUGUGGUUUCAUGGAACAGGUUUCUACAACUUACAUUAAAAAUAUUCUGGAAAACAAGUACACUCAAAAUUUAAAAAUAAGUGAGAAAUGUGUGUCUUAAAAAGACACAAAAAUAGUCUCUACUCCUUGUAGACUGCUGAUUGAUAAUUGCAGGGAUUUUCACAGCAUAAAUAUUUGUUUUAUGUCCUAUUUAUUCAAAUGGAAAUAAAUUCAAUGAAUAAAGUUCUUCU